GUUGGUCGCACCACAUGUUAUUUAUUAUCAAGGCCGCUAUAUACAUGUACAUUGACUUACCGAGGUAAGAAACCUCACCAUUAAAAUGAGUUGAAACUGUAAUUUAGUUUCCCCACAUGAGUUUCAGUUCAGUUUUCCGUUAGUUUAGUUUCAUUUUAAGUGAAACAUAACACAUUGUGGGAGAAUCGGGGUAUUGCGCUGCAAACAUUUUGUGUUUGUACACAACAUUCCCGGGACGGCCAACGCCCUACGGCCAGCUGCAGCCCUUGCCGUGUUUUGGUAAAACUCACGUUCCAUAUAAUCGAAACCAACUCUGAAUGAGAGAUUGAAGGAUUCAGUCCAACAUGCGAGCUCCAAAGAUCUUAUUCAGCAGGUAAAACAUUUGCAAACGGUUAUGGCGCACAAAGUAAUUCCACCCUCAAGACCCCAAGUUCCCGUCGGUAAAUCACCAACGACGCAAGCAUUCACCCUCUUGCAGAAAAAGCUCAACACUGCAGAGGCUGAAACCGUAAGUCUCGUCCGUCAGUUAGCUGAUCUCGGUUUCCAAACCUCCAACAGUUCUCCCGAAAGCGACUCAGUGCAGCCAGUUGUGCCAUUCCUCCCAGCGACAGCUGAGGUCGACGUUCUCCGAAAGCACUACGAGGCCCUCGUUGCGAGGCUGUGUCGCACCGAGAGCCAGAUUCAAACUCUGAAACUGAAUCUGUGCGCUCUGCAGGCUGAGAGAGAUUUGUCUGCGCGAGAACGCUUGGUGACUCAAGAUGGAGACCAGAGGUUGGCCGAGCUGAGAGAAGCACAUGAAGAUGAGCUAAGGAGGUUUAAUAAGGAGCUGGCCAGGACACGAAAGGAAUGGAAGGACGCUCUCGAGAUUCGGAAUGAGGUUGAAGAUGAGGCAAGGAGGCUCAGCUCUGCUCUGGAGGCUGCAACUAAUGCUAAGUCAGAGUUGGCCAUGGCGUAUGAAGAGCUGCUGUCGAGCAAGCAGAAGCUAAACAAGAGAAUAACGGAGUUACGAGAGGAAAUCACCAGAGAGACUAGUCUCCGCUCAAGCCUUGAAGACUCCCAUGCGACGCUACUGGAGAGGGUACAACAGAUGGAAGGAGUCGUGCAAAGUGAGAGACAAGAGGUUCAGAUUCUAGCCAGUGAUUGUUCGGAACUGCGGCAGGAAGGGGCGCGCAUCCAAGAGGAAAAGAUUCAUCACAUGACGCAACAAACCCAACUCAGUCACACAGUCAAGACACUACGAGCGCAGCUAGGUGCUAAAGAAAUUGAGUUGGUUGACCUUUUGGAAGAGAAUAAGGUGCUACUAGCCAAUCUCAACGGGAUACAACGCGAGAAUGUAGCCCAUCAAAGACUAACAGAGGACACAGAGAAAAAGCGGAAGCUGUUUGAUGAAGAGAGAAACGACCUAUACAAUGCAUUGGAGCAAGUUAAGACAGCAAACAGCAGUAGGGUAUCGUUCAGACAGCAAUUUAUAUCACAGACGCAGACAAAAUCACUGGUUGUCAUGGUAACAGAGAGUCUUCAACUACUCGGAGACGAGAGGGCAAGACUGGAGUCCGAGUUAAUGGAAGAGCGGGAUAAGAGGACAUGUUUGGAUAAAUUAAGUUCAGAAUUGAAGAGGAAUAUUCAGGAUGUCAAAGAGCAGCUGCAAUUGGAAAAGGAAAACAAUUUGAGGCAGAAAAAAUCCCUGGAAGACACCGUCAGUCAAUUAAGGAACGAGUUAUCCUCAUUACACGCUGAUAAAGAUACAGCGAUAAAAGUGAAACAACGCCUACUUGAAGAGGUGAACCUUGCGGUCGAUGGUAUGUCAGAAGAAAGAGGAAAACUGCACCAGGAACUUACACAGGCAAAGUUGGAGGUGACCAGUCUCGGGCAAGAUAAACAGUACUUGGAGGGGGAGAAUAGUCGGUUAAUGGAGAGGGUCUCCGCUAUGGAACAGCAACAGGACUCACAACAGAAGGUUCAGUCGACGAUUGCGGAGUUGUUAGAGAGCAAGAAUCGUCUGGCCUACGAUAAAGGGCGUCUCCAGAACCGCGUGGAUCAACUGCAAGGAGAGAUGGCAUCCUUGGCCGGUGCACAAGCUGAUGUUCAUCAACUGAAGAAAGUUAAUGACAUCAUGCAGGCACAGUUAUCAAAGACAUCGGGGGAACUGAGUUCAGCCAGAAUGGAUGUCCAGAGGCUAGAGGGCAAGUUGCGACAGGAGCGCGAUUUGUCUGACAGAAAGGAGAAAGAUUUCACCCUAGCCAUCCAGGCAAGAGACGAGGCUUUCAAUGAGUGCCAAAAGGUCAAAGGUCAAAUUCAGGUCAUGGAGGAGCGGGAAAAACAAAAGGCCGCUAGCUUUCAGAGGAGCCUCACUGAUGCCAAGGAUGAUCAGACCAAGAUAGCGUCUACCUUGGAGGGGGUGAUGGUAUCGCACAAACAGCUGCAGACAGCGGUGGAGAACUUACAGACCGAGCUGGGCCGUAAGGACAGUGAGCUGGUCACACUCAGGAAGGAGAGGGAUAGCAGACAGAAGUCCAUGGCAGCACUACAGAGAGAGGUAGAGAAACUUCAAACUAAUCUCGUAACCAUGGAGACGCAAGAAGGUGGUCAGUUGGACAACGUUCGCAGUGAGCUGAGCAGAGUGAGCAACGACAAGCUGAAACUAAGUCGCACUGUGGAUGACCUGCUUCAAACCAACGGUCAACUUCAGUCAACGGCUGAGAGACUACAGAGUCAACUUGAGAAACGUAAUCACAAGUACAAGCUCUUACAAGAAGCCAGGAGUAGAGAACAGUCAAGUCUUCAGGAGCAGCUCCACUCCACCGAAGACCGUCUACACUCCCUCCAGCAGCAGCUAGCUAGCAAGAGAGACUCCUCCAUCAAGAAUGCGACCAAGGAGCUAGCCCACAUACAGCAAACCAAUACAGACCUCAUGACUAGGGUCAAGGAGCUCUCACGGACCAACGCAGACAUUCUGAAGAAGGUCGCUAGCCUGGAAGAGACUUGUGGAAAGCAGCGGGAUAGGAUUCAUAGUCUGAAGUCGCAGCUGGAGGGAAGUCACAGGCUAAGGAAAACCAACACGGAGAUGACUGAGAAGAUCAAAGACAUCAACCGUCAGCUGUCUGAGAUGGAAGCAGCUAAACGAGAGUACGCCAGGAAGAACAACGAGCAGGCUAAGACCAUCUCUAGCUUUGUCAAUCAGGUGUCGGAGUUACAGGCUGAUCUGCUGGCCAUAUCCGGGGUACAGGACAGCAUGUCAGAAGCCUCCAGGAAGAAAGACGAGCAAGUUGAGAAAGAGCGAUUGCGGCGUGAGGAGAUUCAACUGAAGGCCAAGGAGCUCCAGAAGAAGUUGAUUCAGCUACAAGAAGAGAAAUCCCAGGCAGAGGUGAAGCUUCUAGAAGCCAGCAGCGAGUCCUUCCAGAUUUCAGCCAAUCUUCACGAGGCCCAGUCGUGGUUUAAGACUCGAUACGAGACCCUCCAGAAGGAGUUGGUGGAGGCUCGACAGCGUCAGUCCCAGCUGGAGAAGAACAACACGGAGCAGCAACAGAAGCUUCUAGAGGAGAGAAUGAAAGCCGCUGAGCAGGCUCAGAAAGCUAGAAAUAUGAUGAGAGCUAGCAGACACGCUCUCAACCAGUUGUCCAGACAGGCAGAAUCCGACGCUCAAAAAACUAAAUCCCAGAUGACAACGAUGGUCCAACGAUUGCAAGCAGAGAAAGAUCACGCGGCGUACACAGACGGAAAACUCAAGAAAUUCAUGGACGCUAGUGGACAGUACAUCGAGGAACUGGCAUUCGAGUUGGAUCAUUACCGUAGUCAUGGAGAUACACUCUGACCUAUAGACUGUUAAGCCCGGUUCAUACUUCCUGCGAAUGCGAAUGGGAAGCGAGUUUUGGUGACGCAAUAAUCGACACGCACCCCUUUUCCGAGUGUGUGACGCAAUGAUAUUUGGUUCCCAUGAGGCAUUCGCAGGAAGUAUGAACCGGGCUUUAGGCCGUGUCCGAAUUGGUGCCUACAGCUAGGGCUACAGCUAGAUUUUAUACCAAGACCUUCGUUUGUUGUCAUUAAACGGUGUAUGUAACUUUUGUAGGACGAAAAACACAAUGUCCACAGAUUUACACUAAACUUACACAGUUU